CAUGUCAAACUAAAGCAGCUGCACUGACCACGAGUCUUUAUUAUUGUUUGUUUAUUUUCUCAGUUGUUGGGCGCAUAAAUAUGACGUAACAAGCGCCGCGCGACUAUCCUAGGCGCUGUUUGUUUUAAGUUACCAACCUUCGCUACACAUGUUGUCCCAAAAUAAGAUGCACAACUGGCAGGAGAACGAGAUCAAGGAACUUCUGCUCAUUCGGGGUUCGGAGGCGAUCCGCGGUCAGAUCACCGGAACCGUGAAGGACUCGGUGGUCUACAGCAGGAUGACCAAACUGCUGGCGGAGCGGGGGGUGCACCGGACACACAUGCAAGUCAUCAGCAAGCUGAAGGCUCUGCGGAAGCAGUAUCUGAAAUAUCACGACCAGAAGAUCCGAACCGGCGGCGGUGGCCGAGUCCACUGGCUCUUCUACGACCUGUGUCACCGGGCCUUCGACAACUCCCCCAUGCUGAGCCCGUCCAAGCGGCAGCGGAGCCCGUCGCCGCCGCCCCCCGCGACGGACUCAACCCCGUCCCCGUCGCCUCCCGCAGCACCACCUCCUCCGCCCGCUGCCACCGCCAACGAGGUCCAGGUCAGCCUGUGGGAGGACGAGGUGGACGAGCAGGAGAUCAGGCAGCACCUGGAGGCAGAAGAUGACGAAGAGGAGGAGUUCAGCCCUCCGGAGCAGCUGCAGACCAUCAACACCACGUACACCGCCCCAUCCCGGAAGAGAAGAGCUACCGUGAUGGAUCAAGUCUCCACCCUGGUGUCGGCCACCGUCGCCCAGCUCCGAGAGAUGGAUGCCGCCAUGCAGGCGCAGGAAGACGCCCGUCUGCAGAGAUUAAUGAACCACGAGAGAGAAAUGCAGAACAGUCUGAUGAGUCAGCUGGUACUCAUGAAUGAGAGGAUCAGUCGAGAAAACCACGAGAGAAACCUCCAACUGGUGGACAGGAUCCUCUCCCGGUUCCCCUCGGCCUCCUCGAGCCACUGACUAGAUCUGGCGUGCGUGCUUCUGCCACAGUCAGUCCUUUGGGCAUGUGGGGACAGGUUUGAGUCAGCACUCCGCUGGCCGGUGCCUAAGCCCACAUUGGUUUGACUGAAACCGUUUGUUUUUUUUAAAAACAUGACUGAAACUCGCCUUUAACCCUCAAGACUGCUGAGUUGUAGCUAUAGUCCGGAUUCAGGUUAAAAAAACAGGCCACAGAUCUCCAGAUUUUCUGCUCACAGUGUUGGUUUCAUCUUUAUCUCAUGGCAUAGCAGCUGUAAACUGAUAGCAUAGCCGACGAGGAUGAGUGCAGACACCAAAACUAAAACCCUUUCUAGAAAACAUCAAAAGCACCACAUAAAGAUCUUUCUAACUUCAA